GCCCGAGCCCGAGCCCGAGCCCGAGCCCGAGCCCGAGCCCGAGCCCGGCCGCCCGCGAAGAUGGCGAGCCCGGCGCCCGCGGAGCUCGGCGCGGAGGGAUGUCCGGCUCCCGCGGCCGGAGAGCAGGCGCCGCGGGCCCCGCCGCCGCCCCGGGCCGCCCCCGAGGAGCGCGCGGCGGGCGCGGGGCUGCAGGUGCCGGAGGCGGCGGGCGGGGUGGCGGCCGCCGUGAGCUGGCUGCUCGGGGAGCCCGGGCUGUGGCUGGGCGGCCGCGCCGACGAGCUGCUGAGCUGGAAGAGGCCGCGGCGCAGCCUGCUCGGCUUCCUGGCGGCCAACCUGCUGUUCUGGUUCCUCGCGCUGACUCCGUGGAGAGUGUACCACCUGAUUUCUGUCAUGAUACUUGGGCGUGUUAUCAUGCAAAUAAUAAAGGAUAUGGUUUUGUCUAGAGCUAGAGGUGCCCAGCUGUGGAGAAGCCUCAGUGAAAGCUGGGAAGUUGUCAAUUCCAAACCAGAUGAAAGACCCAGGUUCAGCCACUGUAUUGCAGAAUCAUGGAUGAAUUUCAGCAUAUUUCUUCAAGAAAUGUCUCUUUUUAAACAGCAGAGCCCGGGCAAGUUUUGUCUCCUGGUCUGCAGUGUGUGCACAUUUUUUACAAUCUUGGGAAGUUACAUUCCUGGAGUUAUACUCAGCUAUCUGCUGUUGCUGUGUGCAUUUUUGUGUCCACUGUUUAAGUGUAAUGAUAUCGGACAAAAAAUAUACAGCAAAAUCAAGUCAGUUCUGCUGAAGCUAGACUUUGGAAUUGGAGAAUAUAUUAAUCAGAAGAAACGGAAGAGAUCUGAAGCAGAUAAAGAAAAAAGUCACAAAGAUGACAGCGAAUUAGACCUUUCAGCUCUUUGUCCUAAGAUCAGCCUCACGGUUGCUGCCAAAGAGCUGUCUGUGUCGGACACAGACGUAUCCGAGGUCUCCUGGACUGACAAUGGGACCUUCAACCUUUCAGAAGGAUACACUCCACAGACAGACACUUCUGACGAUCUUGAUCGACCCAGCGAAGAAGUUUUCUCUCGAGACCUUUCCGAUUUUCCAUCCGUAGAAAAUGGCAUGGGAACAAAUGAUGAAGAUGAAUUCAGCCUUGGCUUGCCCACUGAGCAAAGGAGAAGAAAGGAGCAGCUGGACAGCGGUGUGAGAACGAGCAGAGAGAGGCAGUCGGCGGCUGGUCUCAGCCUUCCUCUGAGCAGUGACCAAACCUUUCACCUGAUGCGCAACCUGGCUGGGGACGCCAUCACGGCCGCAGUGACAGCUGCCAUCAAGGAGCAGUUAGAGGGCGUGCAGCAAGCACUCUCUCAGGCUGCCCCCAGCCCAGGAGACGACACAGACACUGAAGAAGGUGAUGACUUUGAACUACUUGACCAGUCAGAGCUUGAUCAAAUUGAGAGUGAGUUGGGACUCUCACAAGACCAAGAAGCAGAAGCACAGCAAAAUAAGAAGUCUUCGGGCUUCCUUUCAAAUCUACUCGGAGGCCAUUAGUCUGGGAAUCAACUUGUUCAACACAGCACAGAGAAAACUACCAAAAAAUUUGAAACAAGCAAAAAAAAAAAAAAAAAAAAAAGGAAAAAAAAGGAAAAAAAAAUUUUUUUGAACUGUGAGCUUUACUGAUUACUUCAGAUUUUUUUCUUAUUUUUCCUUCUGCAGUGAAUUGGUUGGAUAUAUAUCAGCUGAUACUGAUAUUUCCUAUAGUUAUUUUUAUGUAAUAAGCAUGGAAAUGAACUUUAUAUACAUAUAUAUAUACAUACUGUGGUGUCAGACAUGAAUAUUAGAGGUUGUUUUUAAAGCAAAAACACCAAAUUAUUGGGAUCCUCUUAUAAGUACUCCUUAUUUUUUCUUUACAAUUAAUUUUUCAAGCAUGCAAACAGUUUAUUGUAACUCACUGAAAUAUUAACCAUUAGUUGUGAAUACGAA